AUGGCAGCAUUGGAACGCCUCUUCAACAGUACAACCAACGGUUCGUAUGUGGCCAAGGUCUUUGCAUCUGCAAUCAAAGGCAAAACCAUCCUCAUCACUGGUGUUGCUCGUAAAGGCCUAGGGGGACAGACGGCGGAAAUCCUUGCGCCAUACUCGCCCAAGACUCUCGUCCUAGCCAGCCGGACACCAUCCAAGAUUCAAGAGGUUAUAGAUGAACUGCAACCUAAAUUCCAGGAUGUCACGUACAUCACAGUUCCACUGGAUCUGUCGUCCCAGAAGUCCUGCCGCGAAGCCGCGUCGUCCAUCAUGUCAAACCCGCAAAUCCCACAGAUCGAUAUCCUGAUCAACAACGCCGCCAUCAUGAACCCGCCAACGCGCGAAUUGAGUCCCGACGGCAUCGAAAUCCAAUUCGCAACCAACCACAUCGGCCACUUCCUAUUCACGAACUUGAUCAUGCCCAAGAUCAUCGCAGCCAGCAGAGUCAACCGGAAGGGCACCACUAGGAUCGUCAACGUCUCGUCUCGUGGCAUUGUGUACUCUGCUGUGCGAUUCUCAGAUAUCAACUUUGACAAACCGCAUGAAACCCUCCCGCCGAACGAGCAGCCGAAUUACGCCGCACUGACAGAGACAGGACGAACUGCUGACCCGAAAUCCACUUACAGCCCGACCGCAGCGUAUGGACAGUCGAAGACCGCCAACGUGCUUUUCUCGCUCGAGCUCACGUCACGCCUGUACGAGAAAUAUGGCAUCCUUAGUUUCGGGCUGCACCCGGGCGCCAUCUUGACAGAGCUGGCCCGGAACACGGACCCUGCGGAACUGGCGCGGCUGGUCGAGCAGUUCAAGGUGCUUUUCAAAACGCUGGAUGCCGGUUGUGCGACUACGCUCGUCGCGGCGCUCGAUGAUACUCUGGGUCCGCCAGCGGAAGACGGCACGGGGAUCUAUCUUAGUGAUUGUCAAGUUAAUAAGGAGGCGCCAGAGUAUGUGCGCCAUAAGCAGUUUGCGGAGAAAUUGUGGGCGGAGAGUGAGAGGCUUGUAGGACAGAAAUUUGACAUUUGA